AUGUCUGCAAAGACUUUCGCUCCAGAUGCUGGUGUUAUGAGCUCCCAGUUCAUCACUUUUGGUUUCGCUACCAUUUUGCUCAUAUGCCGUCUCGUAUCUCGAAAGAUUACACAUGUAAACUUGUGGUGGGAUGAUUACUUUGCUAUGACUUCCUGGGUCGCCGCAGCUUUAUAUUUUAGUUUUGCUGUCUACUGGACUGUCGCCAUGGGCCUUGGACAUAUCAAGGAGGAAUUGCCUCUGCCAGAGGAAAGAGUUGACGAAUACGCUCGGUUCGGUCUUUUCAUGGCAGAGCUCCUCUACGCCACAUCACUCGGAUUCUCCAAACUAGCCAUCCUUGGUUUCUACUGGCGUCUAUUUGGCAGUGUUGCCAAGAUGAGGAUUGGAAUCUACAUCCUUCAAGGCAGCACCGUCAUCUGGCUCACCAUCCGUACUUUUAUGACAAUCUUCCACUGUGUUCCGGUUGAAGCUUACUGGAACCACAACAUCAAAAACGCCGUGUGUGAAGUCGAUCCUGCCAAAUUCAUGUUUGGUACGACUUUAGUUCAUCUAAUGCUCGAAGUUGCCGUUCUUUCGUUGCCUAUUUUUCAAGUCAAGAGUCUCAAACUUCGCACGGGUCAGAAGAUUGCUGUCGUUGCCAUGUUUAUGUUUGGUAUUUUCGUCUGCAUCGCUUCGAUCAUUGUUCUUUAUGAAGCAUUCACUCUCAACCCCAAGACAACCGAAAUGGCAAGAGAUAUUAGAGGAGUUAUCAUUUGGGCAGGUGUAGAAUCUUACUUGGCUAUCAUCUCUUCUUGUCUUCCUAUUAUUAGACCUGUCUUCCGCAAGUUUCUUUCAGGUUCCAUGCUUAGCUCCAAAGGCAACUCAACUGGUCCCAACCCUAUCAGCGGAUUGACCAGCAGCAAGGGCAUCAAGCUUACCCACAUGGCUCGCACAAAAGAAGUCGACGACAACAGUUCACAACGAGAACUGGCUGGACUCGAAGAUGGGUCGUCUGGUGACAUGGACUUUCACACCUAUCCCGAGCGUGGUGGUCACAGUAACACCGUUGUCACUAGCUGUGUGGAUGAUCGACCGGGUAGCAAUUCUACCAAGACAUCACCGUACGGCAUCCAAGUCAAGAAUGAGACUAGGGUUUAUUAUGAGUCUUCUUGGAAGAAGGAGAGGGAAGCCAAGAAUGAUGUUGAAGCUGCCGAAGGUACUGGGUCGUACGUCGUGGCAGAUGGACGAUAUUAG